GCCGCCACAAUCCGGCGUCUCUCACGUUGCUCUUUCCUGCGGGCUCCCGUCUGUGUGUUCCUGCGGUGUUUUUUUAAUUGUACGCCCCGUUUAACGAGCCCGCACCGUGCGUGCAGGGGGAGAGGGACGUUGCCCCCUAUGCUGGGGACUGCGCGCUGCCCCUCAGCCGCUCCGUCGGGGCGAAACUUUCCAGCCCCGCGAGGUCCGCGUGCUCUGUAGGUCACGCCUGAGCCAUCUGUACCGAUCUGCGUGCAGCCGCCUCUCUUCUCCACGGAAUUCCCCCCUCCCGCCCCGGGGCAGAUCCCCGCGCGGGUCUCGCUCCCAAGCGUGCGCGGGGAGCAGCGCCGUGAAACCGCUCAUCCCGGAUCGGCUGGGCGCGGUGAGGGGCACCCCGGUGCGGAGGAGAGGCGGGGGAGCCCGCCGGCAGCCUGCUCCUAUCGCCGUCCCCAUCUCCCUACCCCGGGCGGAGAAGGACGCGUGGGUGUGGAGCGAGGCGCUUUAGUCACACCCCGCAGCCUCCUUCCCCAGGCAGCCUCGGGAGCCGCGCACAUUCUCCUCCCUCUCGCUGCCAGCCGGUGUGUCCGCGGCGGCAGGAGGCGGAGGGGAGGGAAGGGAGAGGCGAGGCGGGAGCCGGGGCCGCCCGGGAGGGAGAGAGGCGGCGGCGGGAGGUCCCCGCAGCCUCUCUGCGCUGCACGCAGCCCGCCGCCACCGCUGUACGGCAGCAGCUGCUCCGCGGCGGAGUUGCUGCCCUCCAGCAGUUCCGCUCCGGUUCUUAGCGAGGAGGGAGGUGUAGGGGAGAAGGGCUUUAUUUCGAGGGGAUGCUGAGAAAGCCGUUCCCUCCUGUAGCAUGUUGCCUGGGCGUUCCUAUUAUGGAAGUUAAGUGAGAAACUCCGCAGCUUGAACUGAUUUGGGAGAGAGAGAGAGAGAGAAGGGGUAGGGCGAAGGGAGAGGGAAGCAAAAUAGCCAAACCAAGCCAAUGGUUUUCCUGCAAAGUGCCAGGAAGUUUGCGGAACACUUUCUAGGAAUCAGGUCCUUUUUCAGAGCCUCUCCUUGUCUUCCGAAGAAAGAGCCUGCUUUUGGAUUGCCAUGGAGCCUAAAGAGAGCCUUAGACACACUUGAAUAAUUCCUCAGCUUGGGCUGGAUUGGUGGGAAUUUAGGAAGGAGCGCGUGUGCGAAGCAGAAGCCUUCGGAGCUCGCUGCCUGCUCUAAUCUGUAUGGAUCUAAAAGUGUCACAUUCAAGACCUUUCCAUCCGCAGCUUUUGAUUGCAAGAUUUCCCUUUCCGCUUUAAGUAGCUGCUAGGAAACUGAAAACUUUUGGACCUACCUCUCGCUGUCUUUGGAUACUUUUUUUUCUUUUUUUUCUUUUUUUUUUUUUUUUUUUUUCUUUUGGAUCUCUGUGGAAUUGCUCUCGCAAACGAUCGGGAUUGCUUUUAAUAUGUCAAAAUGGGUCUGCUGACGCCACUCCUGCUCUUUGGAUUUGCAUUUUUUCAAGUCUACGGAUCCCGUCUCCGCCAAGAGGACUUUCCACCACGGAUUGUUGAGCAUCCUUCAGAUGUGAUAGUCUCUAAAGGAGAACCAACAACCCUGAACUGUAAAGCUGAAGGAAGGCCAACUCCUACUAUUGAGUGGUACAAAGAUGGAGAGCGAGUGGAAACUGACAAAGAUGAUCCUCGCUCCCACCGUAUGCUGCUGCCUAGCGGAUCUUUAUUUUUCUUACGUAUUGUGCAUGGACGCAGAAGUAAACCUGAUGAAGGAAGUUAUGUUUGUGUAGCAAGGAACUAUCUUGGAGAAGCUGUGAGUCGCAAUGCAUCUCUGGAAGUGGCAUGUGAGUAAAGUUUUGUUUGAUUAGCACCGUGUAUAACUUUAUAGUUGCUUUUAUAUUGCUAUCCAGCACUUGCACACAUUCAGUGGUUUGAGAGAUAAGCAUAGAUAAAGAUGGCAUUUUGUCAUCAGCUGUAUUUCUUAGUCAAGGCAUUUAUACAUGCAUUUAUUCAGUAGCAGUGACCGUACAGAAUGUGAUUUAUAUGGAAGUACAGUUCUAGCCAGUGUAUAAUCAUGA